GUUACGCCUGAACAUCCUUAUCGUUGCCGACAUACACGAUGGAGGCACUAAUGCACUAGAAGUGACCGCGAGUCGCUGAGAGGCAAACGUAUUAUGGGCUAAAGUGGAGGUAAGAUAAGCGAAGCUCAGCAGAAUGCGAAGACGCAGUCUAGUUGCGCCGCCUCUCGUGCUGCUGUUUCUGCUGUUUCGGUGUUGUGUGUCGAGUUCAUCUGAAGCAGGCCAGCACAAUCAGCUCAGCAGCAGGGGACAGCGCAACGUGAGCUGCUUCCAGUGCAGCUGGCUGGCCGAGCAGCCGGUGGACGCCAAUCGCAGUACGGAGGUCGCCAAGCGCUGGAAUACAGCGUACGCGGACUCCGAGAAGUUGAUCGACAACCCAUUCAAGCCACCUCUGCUAGGAAUUGAUACAUUCGCCGAGAUGCCUACCGCGUUGCAGCUGGCGGCGCACUGCAACAACUGCAGCAAGCUGGACGGCAUGUGCGCCCGCUGGACAUUCUACGGGAACACGGGCAAGCCGGCGAACGUGACGUGGAUGUGUGUCAACAGCGAGCAGACGGGCUGCUUCAAGGAGCAGGUGUCCAGUCAUUUUGUGAAGGAGGUGUGCCUGUGCGCCGACAGGCACUACUGCAACGCUGCCACUGCUGCGGGAAAACCCAUGUCACUGCUUGCCGGGCUUAUGUCUACAAUAUUCACCGUUUUCUUUUGUACUGUUCUCUCUUGAGGUUGCGCAUGAAAGGACUUCAUGCGCGUUUUUUUUUUCUUCGUAAGUUUAGAAUAGCAUCAGGACAACUGAAAAUAAGUACUUAAUGCGAAGAUACUUUGCCCAUUAACGAGAUUUUUUAGCCAGACAGGUGCAGAUUUGCCUUCGAUCUCAUUUACACAGUCUUUGGCAAACUUUUGCGCAAUUUCCAUGGCGGAAUCCUUGAAAAAAGAGUAUUGUUUGAUAGAUUGCGGUGUGAAAAUACUCUUGGACGAGUACAAAUUCUCUCGCGACAAUCGUAGGAAGGUGAUUUCUUUAGUUUCUUGACGUAUGGUCGAAGCUUAAUGCGUGCAGCGACGGGUGUUCAAAAAAGGCCACGCCAUUGGCCACAGAAGAAGUGGCUUAUUGGGUGUUUGCUUGAUUGAGGACAGGGUGGUGACGGAGUAAGCGAGAAGGCGCUCUGCAAAUACUUGGAUAAUUUAUGUUUGUAUACAAAGACCAUUGCUUCUCUUGAGAAUGUACCAUAAGGUCGUACGCAUACCUCACCAAUCAGUGACUAACGUCUUGAACCAGAUAUACAGUUUCGAAUAUUGGAGCUUGCCGCGGCAAGCCUUUCGUCCUCUUCUGUUUGAUGAUCUCAUUCAUUGCGCUGAUGAUCUGUCAUUUUUUGUGUUAUAAAAUAUACGACAAGACGAUUCGGCGAUGCGGUGGUUUAGGUAUUAUGGCCUUGGUUUCGCAGAGUAGUUCUUCGGAAUUCAGCAAAGUGGCGGAACGAUUGCGAAAGAGAAUAUUGACAGGCACUUGUCUUUUUGCAGAAAGCUUCACUGAAAUCUUUGGGAUUUUGUGCCUUGUAGCAAAACUUGGUGUCGUGAAGCUUUUUGUUUUGUUUCAUAACCCUCCAUGGAAAGCAUUGCUGUAAAUUUUCCUUCAUUUACGUGCAUCUGUUAAUGACAAAUCUGAAAUAUAUGUCAUGGCAUCAACAACAUAAGUCACAUGAUCCGACCGAAAGUCCUAAAGCUGCCGUGGUCAGUUAAUCAACAUGGCAUAUACUGAGCGAAUAUACUUCCCACAAAGAAAAGGAUGACGUGCCAUGACAUAUGUGAUAGUAUAUGUAUGUCUUCAACGCCAUGGAUUUCACAAGUCGCAUAAAUGUAAAGUUAUCGUUUUAAUGAACGAAAUAACAAAAUUCAUCAAAAAAGCAGUAUUUUUUAACACAGCCUAAUAAAAUAAGCAGACACUGAGA